AUUUUAUGGCUAAAUCCUGGGAUUAUAAUAAAAUCUUCGGGUGCAAGUUAUGUAUAAGCGGUAGCAGAGAAGGAAGUCCCCACCACAGUAUCGGGCAUCAACAGUGAGACUUUCAGGGUCGUCAGCGUGACGCCGCGUGAACGCAAUGGGAACAAAUGUUGUAAAUGGAAGGGCACCAACACCAUCAUCAUCAAUAUCAGCAGCAGCAGUAUCAAUAUCAUCAGCAGCAGCAGCAACAGCAACAACCACCUACCAGCAGUGUAAACGUUGAUGCUGAUAGAUUCCCUCAAUGGAGUAUUCAGGAAACGAAGGAAUUCCUGAUGAUCAGAGCGGAGCUGGAUCGAAGUUUCAUGGAGACCAAGAGGAAUAAACUGCUUUGGGAAGUUAUCUCUACCAGGAUGAGGGAAAAGGGUUUUAAUCGAAGCACUGAACAGUGCAAGUGCAAGUGGAAAAACCUCGUUACUCGGUACAAGGGAUGUGAAACGAUGGAAGAAGAAGCUAUGCGGCAACAGUUCCCAUUUUACAAUGAGUUGCAAGCCAUAUUCUCAGCAAGGAUGCAAAGUAUUUUAUGGUCAGAAAGUGAAGGAGGAGCGACCGGGUCGAAGAGGAAGGCGGUGCAGCUAUCUUCAGACGAGGAAGAAGAUACGGAGGAAAAAGAGUUAGAAAAGAGUAGCGUUAGGAAGAAGAAGCAAGGCAAAACCAGUGGUGGUGCAGGUAUUGGUGGCAGUACAAGCGGGAACGGCAAUAAUAGUAAUAAUAUAAAGGAGAUAUUAGAGGAUUUCAUGAGGCAACAAAUGCAGAUGGAAAUGCAAUGGAGGGAAGCGUUCGAGGCGAGAGAAAACGAGAGGCGGUUGAAGGAGAUGGAAUGGAGGCAGAAGAUGGAAGCAUUGGAGAACGAGAGGAUAUUGAUGGAUAGGAGAUGGUAUGAAAGGGAAGAACAAAGGAGAAUGAGAGAAGAAGCUAGAGCUGAGAAGAGAGACACCCUCAUCACUGCACUUCUAAACAAGCUCAGAAGAGAUGAUCACAUGUAGACGACAAGUAUUUAUUUAUUCAUGCAUGUUUUAGCAGGAGAUGAAGCCUUUGUUUGAGAGGUUUGUCCUAGAACUCUCGUUCUAUAUAUCAGAUCGAUAUGUUGUUUAGUUCUAUGAAUUGUUUCUCUCUUUCUGCUCUGCCCACCGAGGCUUCAUCUUUUGCUAGUAUAAGAGAGCUUCCAUUUCCUUAAGUUUUUUGUAGUGUUUUUUUAUUCUUCAUUGCCAUUAUGUUAUAGUUAUAAGAGGUCAGUUGACAAUGAAAA